AUGAAGGCGCGCACCCUGCUGCCGCUGGCCCUGGUGGGGCUGGCGCUGCUGGCGACUGCCGGUGCCACCAAGGUCAAGCUGACCCAGUCUCUGUUUGAGGACACCCCCACGUACGAGCUCCCCACCCCCGGCUACGGCAACGUGUUUGUGGACGUUGUGGGCAACGUUGCCAACCCACGCAAGGCUGAUCGUGCAUGGGGCAAGAGCGGCUGGAAGGUGGAGCCCAUCGUCACCACCCAGGCCAUCGGCAUUGCCCCCGACGGUGGCAACCAGGUCGCCGUCCGCUCCUCCGCCACUGCCCUGAGCAAAUUUGCGCCCGCCAAGGCCUACGCCACCGCCUACGGCGAGAACGGCGGCGGCGACCUCAUCUUCAAUGACGGCCAGCGCAUCACCGCCAGCGAUGUGGUCGUGCUCGCCGUUGCGCGCGCCAACGGCAAGCCCGCCCCCACGUUUGGCACCUUGAUCUCCAAGUCUGAUGGCACUGCGAUCAGCGGUGGCGAUGUGCUCACCGCCGGAAACGCCGUUGUCUUGUCCUCCAGCCGCGCCACCGGCGGCACGGGCAUCACCGUCGCCACCGGCUACGGCCGUGCUGAUUCCGCCAAGGCUGCUGCCGUCGGCAUGGACGUGCGCGCAAACUCGGCCAAGUGGUACGCGUCCCCCGGCGCCGCGUUUGCCGGCAGCCAGGCCUAUGGCCGCGGUGGCCACGUUGACAUGAUCUCCGACACCCGCGCCCGUGCUGAUCUCGGCACCGCCAUCGCCGGCACCCUCGCCAUCGCCAAGUCCAACGGCGUCCAGCCCACCUUCUUCGACGGCGUCGGAAGGCGCCUGCUGGGCGCGCCCGUGAACGAUGUCAACGACGGCGGCAACGGCGGCAACAUCAUCUACAACGAGGUCGCCACUCAGGGCCGCAUUGACGUGGGCGCGACCGUGGUCGGCUCCAUGGCCGUUGACGUGGCCGAGACCAACAAGGUGGUGAUUGUCAACGACAACACCGAUGCCGCCGCGGCCGUUGGUACCUCUACCGCGGGUGCCAUCAACAUCGGUAUCUCCAACAACAACGAUGUCCUGAUCGGUGAUUACGACAACUCCGACGCUACCCAGAACGAGGUGACGUCCAAGGUUCGCGGGCGCGGCUCAGCCCAGGCUGGCAUGUUCAACUUGGGUGUGGCCCCCAACGGCAACUCCCAGAUCACCGGCAACGUGGUGGCCGCGUCUGACCAGGCCGAUGCGCUGGGCGGGGCCCUCACCGUCUCCAACGGCUGGGGCACCGUCUCCAACGAUCUGUCGGUCACCUCGUCCACGUCCGAGUACAACGCCGUCGCCGCCCUUGUCGGCCUGUCGCAGUCGCAGGAGCAGGCUGUCAACACCCUGGCCGCCAGCGCGCGCUCCAACAUUGGCUCUGCGCUGUCGUACGCGCUGGCCAACUCCAUCCUCGGAGAGAUCGACGUGUCCACCUCCUCGUCAUCCGCCACCACCGUGACGGGCCAGGCCGCCUCCACCGCCAACUCCCAGUCCCUGGGUGUGAUCACCACCGAGUCCCAGGCCGCCUCCACUGCCACCACCAAGGACGGCCACGCCCUGUCGGCCGCCACAGCCAUCUCUGCAUCCACCGUCACGGCUGAGGCGGUGUCCACCUCGUCCGCCACCACCACCAACGGCGCCGCCCUCUCUGCCUCCGGCGCCGCAUCCUUCGCUGCCGACGCUGAGGCCGACUCUGCCUCCUCCGCUGCCUCUGCCGCCGGCAACGUUGGCUCCGCCUCGGGCGCCAUUGCUGUCGGUGGCCUGCAGGGCAAGGCCAACUCCGCCUCUUCUGGUGCCACUGAGGUGGGCUCCGUGGGCUCCAUCUCUGUGGCCGGUGCCGGCGGUGCCAUCCAGGCGCAGUCCAAAGUUUCGUCCAGCGCCCAGACCUCGGACGGCAACGCUGAGUCCCUGGCCGGCUCGUACUCGUUUGCCGGCAUCAACUCGGUGGCCAGCGCCAAGUCGACUGCCGCAUCCCAGACCGGCGACGUUGACGCCACCGCCGAGGCGUUUGGCUUUGGUGGCUUCCACGGCGAGGCCAACGCCGAUGCCGCCGCCGCCACUGGCUGCGCUGACUGUGACUCCACCGCCACAGCCCUGGGCAUUGCCACCGGCGCCAUUGCUGAUGCCACCGCCCGCGCCAAGGCCGACUCGCCCAAGAACCCCGGCCAGGCCAUCGCCAAUGCCAUGGCUCUGGGCGCCGUGUCGCGCACCAGCAACGGUGGCCAGGCGCGCCGUGGUGUCUGA